UGAGACGGGAGGGAGGAUGGGUUGCGAGAGGGUGCUCGAGGAGAAAUAAAGCCCCGAGCCCAGCCGGCGAAUACGGCCGCGCGGAUGCUGAAAUUCGUUCCGCCCGCAGAUCCGGAUUCGCAUCGGGGUGCCGCAUUUCGCGCGAGAAACGGCGGAAAUCGGACGAGUUGACGGGGCGGCAUCAGCGGUGCAGCGGGUAGAUUCGUGCGCAGCGGUGCGGCCACCCACCCGUGCGUGCGUGCGUGCGUGCGCGGUGCGUGUUAAGCACGGGGGAAAAAGCAGUGCGUGGUGCGACGUGUCAACGAACUCCCGUCCUGGCCUCGUUUCACCUCUACAGACAUAUAGCAUCGCGCCCACCUUCUCGUGACGUUCUCUACCCCGGAUACGACGAGGCAUGCGCCGUAAAAAUCCCGGGGAUUGAUGUAUCGCAGGGCGCAGAUUCCAUACGAUCGAUUCCUGAUCUGCAUUUACUACCUGCUAUGCAUAGCAGCAGUGGACUUGACGUUUACCUCCGAUUCGGAAAUUACCACGACGAUAAGUCGGGAUUGUCCGGCAGAAUGCAUUUGCCUUUCCCCAAAACAGGUACUCUGCAACACAGGCGGCCUCGUGGACAUACCGACGCAACACCUGCCAGACACCGUGGAGGAGCUCUCGUUGACGAAGAACAAUUUCCCGGUGAUAAAGGGUGACGCGUUCGCCGGCCUCCGAGUUUUGCGUAAGCUCACCCUGGACCGCAACAACAUCUCCUCCAUACGUCCGUUCGCAUUUCGCGGUCUGAACCGGCUGCGCGAGCUCUCCAUCCAGUACACUCCGCUACCAUGCAUAGAGAAAUUCUCGUUCGCCGCGCUGCAGAACAUCUCGACGCUGCUGCUGGCGAACAACAAGAUCCGCUACGUCGAGAGCAACUCGUUCGCCGGCACGUCCAACGUCCACGUGAUCCUGCUGCUGCACAACCCUCUGCUGACUAUACAGAGCCACGCCUUUGCUGGCCUCACCAACGUCGCUAAUCUCCUUUUCCCGUCCGGCAUUCGGACGAUCGAGCAGGAUGCCUUCGACGGCCUCCAGUAUGUCGGGUUCCUCAGUCUCUCCUACAUGGACCUGUCCGGGCUGCAGGCCUACGCGUUCCGUGGCCUGUCGCACGUGCACAAACUCGUCAUCAAGGAGAGCGAUCUUGGUGUUAUACAGAGGAACGUGUUCACCGGGCUCGCCCACGUGGACAGGCUGAACAUACUCAACAACAAGAUAGACACGAUCGAGCGGCUGCAUCUGCGAUACGACAACUUCAUCAAGGUGCUGCAGUUCCACGGUAAUCACGUGCUCGAGGCGCCGCGUCACGCCAGGGACAUCGUCCUCGAGGUGAGCAUAGUCAGCGCGAUAAAUAAUCACUUCCCGUGCGACUGCCAGGCUCACAACAUCCUCGAGAGCGACUUCGCGCGCGGCAACAGCGUCGAGUUCCAGCGCUGGAACUACUGCAUCUCGCCGUUCGAGUACAACGGCAAGCCCAUGAACGUCGUCGAUUUCGAGCUCGUCGCCCGAUGCCACGACAAUGUGAUUCAAGACAACCUGGGCUCGGGCGUUGUCAGGGUCUCUCGUUUAUCAGCGCUGUUGCUAGUCGCCUUUUUGUUCUCGACUAACUUCUUCCGAUGAACAUUCCCAAAUAGCCAAGUCUGCCGAAAGCAGAUGAUGCUAACUAUCUGCUAUCAACUAUUGCCAGCCAAAAGACAACAAAUUUGAUACAGAAGUUGUUAUUAACGAUUAA